UCAAAAGUGAAAAAAAUGAGGUAGAAUUUCUGAAGCGAUUGAAAGACAAACACACUUCGAUAUUAAAAAUACCGCAUUUGCUAUAAUUCGUGUUUGUUAAAAAUGUUUUAUUCUGACAUGUUUAUAAUUGCGUUUAUUUGUUGUUGAGAACAUUUGUGUUAAAAUUGUUUGUGUAAGGAAUUCGUAAGAGCCUGCAUAUAGUGAAUAGCAGCAGAGUUACGCUAAACCAACAAUCAUCUGUGCGUCGGCUUAUGCGUGUGACUACCACUAGUGUGUGUGCAGAAGCAUUGAUAUUUCCAGUGCCGGUGCAAUGCGUAAGACGCGAUCGCAAACUCAGGCGGAGGCCGCAAUGGUGAAUGCGGGACGUACGGCUAGUAACACGCCCUCCACAGUUUCAUCGAGCGAAAAUGUCAGUCAGCAAAACAUUGGUACAAGUGGACGCGGAGCCACUGUCCAGGUUGCGGCCGUGAUUGCACAGAAACGCAUUGCAACACAACCGGAACAUUUUAAAAUCAAGGAAUGUGAGGAAAUGGUAAAUUUGUUACGUGUAGUAGAGUUGCAGCAGAUACUAUCAUUUUUGAACAUUUCUUUCGCUGGGCGUAAAGUCGAUUUGCAACGUCGCAUCAUUAACCUUCUUCAUACAAACUACGAACUAUUGUCUCAUAAAAUACGCGAAGUUUAUACACAAUCAAUUGCGGAACAACAAGCCCAACAGUACGGACCAACUGAUCCCAAAAGAAUGUAUUCACAUAUGCAAAUGCCGCCGGUGCAACCGAACCCUGCAGCUGGUUUACCUAAUGCUGGCCAGCCUACAGCUGUGGGUGCACCGCCUAUUACAGGUGUUCCACCGACUGGACCCGGUGUUGCAAAUAAUAUGGUACCCUUUAUGAAUCCCAUACCCACACAUAUACCCAUACAUCCCGAUGUACGUCUAAAGAAGCUUGCUUUUUAUGACGUACUGGCUGUAUUGAUUAAACCCUCGUCACUUGUGCCACGCAAUACCCAGCGUAUACAAGAGGUCCCCUUCUACUUUACAUUGACGCCGCAACAAGCCACAGAAAUUGCAUCAAAUCGUGACAUACGGAAUAGUAAUAAAAUUGAGCACGCUAUUCAGGUUCAACUACGCUUUUGUCUAUUGGAAACAUCAUGCGAACAAGAGGAUUGCUUCCCUCCUAGUGUCAGUGUAAAAGUCAACAAUAAGUUGUGCCAACUGCCGAAUGUCAUUCCAACAAAUAGACCGAACGUGGAACCAAAACGACCACCGCGCCCCGUUAAUGUUACAGCUAACGUAAAGCUUUCGCCUACGGUAACCAAUUCAAUUACUGUACAGUGGUGUCCAGAUUAUACUCGUGGUUACUGUAUUGCUGUGUAUUUGGUGAAGAAGCUGACAUCUGCGCAAUUAUUGCACCGUAUGAAAACAAAGGGCGUCAAACCCGCUGACUACACACGCGGUUUAAUCAAAGAAAAACUCACUGAGGACGCAGAUUGUGAAAUCGCCACCACAAUGCUUAAAGUAUCACUUAAUUGUCCAUUAGGCAAAAUGAAAAUGUCCAUACCAUGCCGCGCAUCAACUUGUUCACAUUUACAAUGUUUUGAUGCUAGUCUUUACCUGCAGAUGAACGAACGCAAGCCUACAUGGAAUUGUCCAGUGUGCGAUAAGCCAGCCAUUUAUGAUAAUCUGGUCAUUGAUGGUUACUUCCAGGAGGUCCUCGCCUCAUCUCUAUUGAAGCCUGAUGACACUGAGAUACAAUUGCACAAAGAUGGCUCAUGGAGCACACAUAGUUUACGUAAUGAGGCUCAAAUAAUUGAUACACCAACAAAGCCUGUAGAAAAGGUGGAGGUCAUUUCAGAUGAUAUUGAAGUCAUAACCACAGAAGAUGUGAAGAUGGUCAAAUCAGCCGCACCGCCUGCCAUAGCUAAUGAUCAACCAACAUCAACGACAAACAGUGAAACGGUUGAUUUGACGCUCAGCGAUUCUGACGAUGAUAUGCCUUUGGCUAAACGGCGUCCUGCCAUCAAACAAAGUUCCGCUACCAAUGCCACAAAUUCUGCGGUAUCCACAUCAAGCGUUAAUGGAAGCGGUGCUGCAGGCAAUGGUGGCACCAACGCCAAUCAGCGUAACGCAUUUGCACAGCAACGAACUGCACAACAAAAGGAAAUGGUUGAGGAGAAUGAACAAAAUUUUCAAAGUUUGGAACUCGCCGAUUCAUCACCUAGUAUUCAGAGCGUUGAUCAGAGAUCCGAUCUAAGUGGUGAUAGCACACAUCAACAACAACAACAUCCACUGCAGCAACAACAUUUCGCACAUGAUCAACAACAUCAGCAACAACAGUUACAAAACAAUCGCCGUGGUAGUAGCGCAAGUAGCGGCACAAGCGCAUCUUCUAUUACUGUGUCCACCUCAAAUUCAGCUGCCACUUCGUCGCUUGCUACGACAAUUGCAGCCUCUGUAUCGACAGCAUCCGAUACGCUGUUGGCAAUCGAGCCAGACCAAUAAAUUCUGUACGUGUGUUGUGUAAAGUUGUUGUUGUUUGGUAUAUUUUUGCAUGCGUUAGUGUAGAGUUUUGCAGCUACCCAUACAGACUCAUCGUAUAUUUAUAUAUAUAAAGGUUAUAGUAAAAGUGGUAAACCCGCGUAAUUUUUCCCUAUUCCAUACGUAUAAGUAGUACAAAAUACUAGCACCAUAAAUAAACAUACAUACAUAUGAACAAAUUAGGAGAAUCUUGAAUUUUGGCUUUUUGGAAGUUAAGCUUGAUUUCAUUUUUCGUAUUCAUACUGGCGCGAGGCUCACAAAUGAUAACUUUGCAAACAGUACUAUUUCUAAAUUUCGUUUAACAUGCAGGCUUUAAAAAUGAAGUUUUAUAAAAUUAUGCUUUGAGAUUGUUUUUUGGUUGCAAAAGGUUCAAAAGUGAGUGACAACAGUGAAAGAGAAAGCCUUCUCUACUUUUCCUUCGGUAGGAAUAUUCCACUGUGGCUAUGGGAACGAUUGCCUUUUAAUAUUUACGAUACAUGGUAUACGAAUGCAUAAAUCUAUCUUAAAUAUCUUACCUUUUAUGACAUAGAUAUGUGUACACAUUCAAAUCUCCAAUUUAAACUCCAGAAUCAUAUCCAUUCGGAAAAAUAUUUGUUUCAGUCUGGUAGUUUUCAUGUCAUUAAUUUUACUGAUUUCUUAGUUAUGCUCUUUGUAGAAAUAAAAAUAUUUACAUGUGCAAUAAAGAUCCAAUAGACGUCGGUGAUGAAAAAUUGUGGCUUGCAAUCGCCCAAAAAGGAAGACAUCGAAUAUUUUGUGGUAGAAAAUAGUCGUAUAAAAAUUAGUAUGAUUUUGAAACGCCAUAUCUACCACAGAUGUGUCUUAUCGCAUUUGGUUCCAAAAACAUUCAUUCAUAUCUGGAGAUGAAACAUUGGCCGCCAAAGAAACAGCAAUCAAACCGAGCAAGACCGGAUUUAUAACCGGCUUAGGACUGUCACUUUAGCAGUAUUCCCCAAAAAUGUAUGUUUUAUACUGUUAAAAGAACAACAAGGCCGCAAUUGUUAACAAGCCUUGUUACGCAUCGCGUGUGUGAAGCUAUCCACAAAACAGGCCAAAUUUGUGUCAAGACAACUUUUAAUUUUUGUACCAUGGCACGUCCAACACUUUAUUCACUGUUCGUGAUCAUUCCGGCAAAAACGAAAUCUAUACAGUAUAAGACAAACUAUAUUUAUCUAAUUUAGCUCUGUGUGAUUUUUAAAUUAACCAGAAGGAAAACUUGGGUGGGGACACCGUUGCGUGUCCAUAAAAGAGAUUUAACUUGAACCAUAAUCUGAACCCCGUUUUGGGUAUGGAAUCUGCCCAUUUGUCUAUCUCUACAAUGCAAUUCACGCAAAAAUUGAGUUCAAAUUCAACGAAACACGAAAUCUAUGUCACUUUGGGUACCAGUAAGCAAAUAACUACUCCUAUUUUACACGUAACGGUAAUUUUCAAAUGUUAAAAAAUAGAUCACAGCUCUGUUCAAAACUCCUUAUGAAGUUGUUUUAAAUCCUGUUGAUGAUAGCCUUAUUGGAAGGCGACAUUUAAGGUUAUGCUUCUAGGACAUACUUUAUUGCUUACAUAACCACAAAUAUACCUCUAAAAAUAGAUUUGUUCCACAAAUCUGUAAUCACUGUUUAUUUUUUUUAUAUUUAUGACCAAGACUUUGAAUGACAAAAAGUCGUAUUUGGAAAAUACCAUA